GGCCGGAAUCCCCCCGGAGGAAAUGGAGGAACACACGCAGACGGGGCUGUUGGCGCUCGCCCGCAUCCGCUUCGCUUAAAACCCAAGUCAUUCUUCAGGCAAUAAAACACAUCCAAGGUCAAGAUGAAGGUUUCGAGCAUAGACUGCCGACGUCUCAACAAAAUCAUCAGGAAGGAAUGCGGCAGCUGUCUCAUCGUGGACUGCCGACCUUAUUUUUCGUUCACGAACUCCAACAUAAUCGGUUCCGUCAAUGUGAAUUUGAACUCGGUGGUGGUGCGAAGGUCCAGAGGAGGGCCGGUGCCUCCGCACUUCGUCAUCCCGGACGAGAAAGCCCUUCUCCGGCUUCGGGAAGGCAGCAUAUCGGCGGUCAUAGCGCUGGAUGACCGGACAGCUCAUUGGCAGAAGCUGAAGAAGGACAGCGUAGCGCAGAUAGUGAUAAACACCCUUUCGCACCUUGCCAGCGGGGCCAACAUCUGCUUCCUGAAAGGGGGAUAUGAAAACUUCCACUCUCAGUACCCUGAACUUUGCAAUGAGUUGAAAAGCCCCGACGAGAGCGGAAGUGAAACGGAGAAACGGGUUAACGGCCCGUGUGAGAAACUCUGUCACCACAAGCCAGAUUAUGAUCAGGGUAAACCUGUGGAGAUUCUGCCUUUCCUCUACCUCGGUAGUGCCUACCAUGCCUCCAGACACGACUAUCUCAGCGACCUUCACAUCACGGCCUUGCUCAAUGUAUCACGCCGAAACCUGCAGCCAGCCAAGGGCCACUAUGACUACAAGUGGAUCCCUGUGGAGGAUAACCACAUGGCCGACAUCAGCUCACACUUCCAGGAGGCCAUUGAGUUUAUUGAUCAUGUGAAGCAAUCAGGUGGGAAGGUCCUGGUGCACUGUGAGGCAGGCAUCUCUCGUUCUCCUACUAUCUGCAUGGCCUACAUCAUGAGGACCCAGCGGCUGCACCUGGACGACGCCUUUGACAUCAUCAAGCAGCGCCGCACACUAAUUUCGCCGAACUUCAGCUUCAUGGGCCAGCUGCUGCAGUUCGAAGCCGAGGUCCUGUCCUCUGCGCCAGCCCACACUGCCACCCCAAAAACGCCAUCCUGUGUCCCGGAAGCGGCCUCCUUCUUUGCCAAUGAGUUCACGUCCACCUUCAACACCAAGAACUUUGAGCAGUCUGUGUUCACCCUCCCUACCUCUUUACUGGCCCCGUUGCCCCUGCCGUCCUCGGCCCAUCACCAGUUCCAGCUGAGCCCAAUAACUGCACUGCCUUAAAAAAAGAAAAAAAAACUGUGACUGCUUGUAGUCUUACUUGAAAAGAACAAACAAACAAUAAAUAUAAAUUCUUUUUUUUAAAAUUUCAAUAUGGAACGGUGGAGCAUUGGGACAUGAGAAGGCAACUGAGAAGGGACAAUAAUUAUAUUCAAAUUAAGGGGAGUUGAAGUCUGCGUAGUCCUAAUCCAUCUACAGAUGGUUACUCUCCCCUGCAGCGACAAGACUACACAGCAUAGCGAUAAACCACAAUAUUUAUGCCUUAGGUUGAUAUUGUGACUUUUCUGCCUAUUCACAAAGUCAGUCAGUCAGGCAUUGGAAACUAAUUUAUUUUAUAAAUGUUGUGUGUCUGUCCAAUUUUUUUGUCUUAAUCAUAAAUGUGGAUGUCAAUAAAUGUCUCCAUCACAACAAUAAAUAUAUUCUCAUGAAUUGCUUUUUUUCUUCCCUUUCACAGAAUAAAUCAUUUCAUAGAAUUAGUAAUUGGUUUGUCUGUACAAUUAA